CCCCUUAGCAAUCCCACUUGGAAUUUCCUGACAGUGGGUCCGGGGCUCGGCCCUCGCGGCCAACACUUCGGCACGCGCUCAACCUUCCCAGCCAGACCCGGUCGUUUCAGACGCAGGCGCUCCAGAUUCGGAGGGCUUGGCCGAUCAGGCCCUCUCUAGCCGGGCCCCUUCUCUAUGGUUUCCUCUAGGCGCCGCUCUAGCCUGCGCGGGGGGCGGCGAGACGUCGUGGCCGGCUUCCCAAGCUGCGGGAGGUUCUAGAGGGCGCCCCGCCGGGCGCGCGGUCGGCCAUGGAGGCCUUGCGCAAAGCGCUGAUCGUGGGUGCCCUCCUGGGCGCGGGGGCUGGCGUGGGCUCGGCGCUCUUUGUCCUCGUGACCCCGGGAGAGCAGCAUAAGCAGGCGAUGCUGAAGGAGAUGCCCGAGCAGGACCCGCGGCGCAGGGACGAGGCGGCGAGGACCAAAGAGUUAGUGCUGGCCACUCUGCAGGAGGCAGCGGCCACGCAGGAGAACGUGGCCUGGAGGAAGAACUGGAAGGUCGGCGGCGGCGGGAGGUCAGCGUGAGCCCGGACCUCCCUCGUGGGCGCUGGGACCUUACUCCCGCGCAGGAGUCCGACGCGGCUUCUCCGUCGAAGGCCGGGUAGGGAGUCCGGACCCGGGAUGCCGCGCCCAGGCCGCCCUGGGAGCCGCUGCGGGGUGAGCACGUUCCCCCUCCACCCACAAACGCUGCACUGACUGCGCUUUCACGUCCUACGUCGCGGGCCCGGGCGUCGGAUGUGAGAACUGAAGGCGCCAAUAAAUCACGUUCCUCUGUCCAGUGAGCCCUGCGGUCUGACGCCUAUGUCUAGAGUGCUCUCGGGAUCCGUGCAGGGAACGCGGAAGACUGUGGCUCCCACUGCCCAGCAGCGACCACAUUUUCAAAACACAAGUCAGGGCAUGUGGUCUGUUUUGAGUGUACUUUUGGUGAUAACCAGGCGACAUUCUCGAAAUCAAAACUAUCCUGGAAAAUCUUGUAGCAAUAGAUGCCCAUGGAGGACGCUUUGGGUUUCCUGUUCUUUGAGUGAGGUUGGAGAGGGGCUGCUAGCAUUUAGCAUGUGCCAUGAUGCUUUCUGGGGAUCCUGGACCGUUGGAGGCCAAUUUGCUGGGAGUGAAAGGAGCGUGCUUUGAGUCAGACAGAUCUUGAUUAAAGUCCUGCAUAUUACAAAACCUCUCUGAGCCUCAGUCCUGUUCCAUAAAAGGUGUAAUUAUCUUGAAGGUUGUUGUAAAAAGACUAACUUGGAAAUGUAAAGUGUAUUGCUUGGCACAGAGCAGCCCUUCAAUAAAUGUAGGGGAUGGUCUCCCCUUCCAAGGGAUUUCAAGGUAGUAGUUCACAAUCUCCGAAUCCAGUCAUGGGAUCUCUUGUAGAUGCCACUGAAGUAAUGAAAUAAAGCUGGCAUUUGGGUCACACCCCACAUCCAAGUCAACCAAUUCA